CUUUGAGCAUACUGUUUGAAAGAUGGCCGGAGCUGAAACAUGCGUCCGGAUGCUCGUGGACAACGAACAAGGGCUGGACGAGUCUGCCUGCACCAACGACGAAAACCAAAGUGAAAGCACACACCAGCCAAUGUCAUCCAACGAGGUCGAGGAGGACGUGAAUGACGAGGACGGUGUUGACGACGAGCAGUCGGCGCUUUUGCUCGGCGACGACAUUGUGAGCGAGGAGCGCAGCCUGCACGCCCGCUCGGUCGAGGAGGACAAGCAAAUGCGUGCCCAGGCUUUGUCAGAGCACGACAAGACGCUGGCAACACAAAAGCUCGCGCGGCUACACUUUUUGCUGGAAAAGACCCAGCUGUACUCGGACUUUCUGCUGGACAAGCUCAAGCAAGCGAGCCAAGCUGCCAUAGCGGUGGCCGAAACGCCGCCGCCUCGCACGCGAUCCACCCCAGGACGAGCGUCAGUCAAGCGAUCAUCAAGCACCAGCUCGACUGCUGCUGCUCCUUCUCCUCCUCCAAGCAAGCGCGUCCGCAGAGCUGCCGAAUCAACGGAUGCGGCUGAAGCUGAGACUUCCGCACCAGCUCAGCCCGCUCUGCUCGUGGGAGGCCAACUCCGACCAUAUCAGCAGCGCGGCUUGGCUUGGCUCAUCUCUCUGUUUGAAAACGGGCUGAACGGCAUCUUGGCCGAUGAGAUGGGCCUCGGCAAAACGCUGCAAUGCAUUGCCUUCAUUGCGCACCUCGUCGAGAAGGGUGUGCAAGGCCCGUUCUUGGUUGCCACGCCGUUAUCAACGCUUGCCAACUGGAUUAGCGAGCUGGCACGCUUCACCCCGGGCAUUCCAACCAUCUUGUACCACGGCCAGGCUUCCGCGCGUGCCGAGUUGCGCAAGCAGUUCACAGCCCUGCACCCAGUCACAAUUCCAGGCUCGAGCAGCAGGGUCAAUUGCCUGCCCGUUGUUGUCACGUCCUACGAGCUGAUCAUGAACGACCGCAAGUUUCUGCAAAAGCAUCUCUGGAAGUACAUCAUCAUUGACGAGGGGCACCGCAUCAAAAACCUCAACUGUCGUCUCAUCCGCGAGCUCAAGCUCUACGACUCUGUCAACAGGCUCCUUCUGACUGGCACUCCGCUGCAAAACAACUUAUCCGAGCUUUGGUCGCUGCUGAACUUUUUGCUGCCCGACAUUUUCGACGACCUUGAUGCGUUCCAGCAGUGGUUUGACUUUUCGGGCGUUGUGGACGAUGCAGAGGGCUGCGAGCGCUCCUUCCUGCAAGAGCACGAGAGUGAUAAAAUCCUGCAAAAGCUGCAUCACAUUCUCCAGCCAUUUUUGCUUCGGCGGCUCAAAACCGACGUCGAGACAUUGUUGCCUCCCAAGAAGGAAAUGCUCGUUUACGCCCCACUCACAGAGCUGCAGCGCAAGUAUUAUGCACAGACUCUUGACAAGAGUAUUAUCGAGAUGAUUGCUCGGGAGAAUCGCGAGGCUAGCAGCAGCAGCAGCAGCAGCAGCAGCAGCAGCAGCAAUAGUGGAGACGGUGCUGCUUCGUCGUCGUCGUCGUCGUCGUCGUCGUCGUCGUCGUCGUCGUCGUCAGCUUUCGCAGCAUCCCCGCCACCAACGACACCUGCUGGUAGUAGUGGCCGCAACCUCCCACGCGCUGCCCGUCGCACAAGCAAGUACUCUGAGAUUGCCGAGGACGCCGAGUUUGCGUUUGGCCUCGAGAGCUCGCACGAUGUCCGCGACGCCGUCAUGCCCCGCACGCCGACCGUCAAGACUCCCGCCUCCAAUACCAGCAUCAAGCUGCAAAACGUGCUCAUGCAACUCCGCAAGUGCUGCAAUCAUCCGUAUCUCUUGAACUUUCCUCUGGACUCUGCCGGGCUUCCACGAGUGGACGAAGAGCUGAUCCAAGCCUGCGGCAAGCUUCGCCUCCUCGACGAGCUGCUUCCAGCCCUGCGACGCAAAGGCCACAAGGUGCUCAUCUUUUCUCAAAUGACGCGCAUGCUCGAUCUGCUCCAGGACUACUUUGAGCUGCGAAACACUGCCGUCUGCCGUUUGGAUGGCGCGGUCUCGCUGGCCGAUCGCCAGGAACAGAUUCGUUCGUUCAACUCAGACCCCGAAGUCUUUGCGUUCUUGCUCAGCACACGAGCUGGCGGUCUUGGCAUCAACCUCAUCGCCGCUGACACUGUGAUCCUUUACGACAGUGACUGGAACCCGCAAGCCGAUCUGCAAGCACAAGAUCGCUGCCACCGCAUUGGCCAAACAAAGCCUGUGAUUGUCUACCGCUUGGUCACGGCCAACACGGUUGAGCAGCGCAUCAUUGAGCGCGCAAUGGCCAAGCGCAAGCUCGAAAAGCUCGUUAUUCAUGAGGGUCACUUUAAAAAUUUGGCGCAAGCGACCAAAGCCAUUCAAGUGGACGACAUUGUCGAACUCUUGCAUUCCGACGACCGUGUCACCUUCAAGACGACGGAUACCGACACUGCAAAGAUUCUGUCGCGCGAGGAGCUCAGUCGUUUGAUGGAUCGCACCAACAUGAGCGUGUAAAGAAGCUGUAAAGAGGGCUUCAUUUUGUCAAAAAAAAAAAAUACACAAAGUCUUUCUGGAUUGAUGUUGAUACAGUAUUUGCCUCUCAAAAGCACACUGCAAUGUCAAGCGGAAGAUCACUUGAAAUCGUUAUGUGGUCUUUCGGAUUUG